AUGUUGGACAAGACCGUCUUGGGAGGCAGUUGGGAGAGCGUGAUUUCCCGCGACGAAUACGAGGUCGACAGUCUGAGCCCAAGGGGGUCUCCGCUGAAGGACACGACGAAUAUUCAAGAUGAUCAGCCCUAUCUGAUCAGCCGCCACAAUCCCAAUAAGACCUUCCGGCGCGAGUCUGUCAUCGCCUCGUGGAGAAGUCUUAAGAAGGAACGCGAACAGGCCUUGGGAAAGAGAAUCAUAUACGUGGACGCAGACACUUAUGAGGACUUCUACGGAAGGAAUAAAGUUAAGAGAUGCAAGAGCGAGAGGACAGCGUGUAACGCGCGAGUCCCGAAGAAGGUGAAGCGGACGUAUUCAGUUCUCUACCGGUACGAUGCUAAUGAGGAGAAGGUGGUUAAGGAGUACAAGUAUCAGUUACCGAAAGAAGACCAGUCGCCGUGCCAAUCGGCAAUGCAGAAAUGGCAUUCGGAGCCGUUCCUGAGGCCCGAAAGGACGCCGAAGAAGAAAGUCAAGAGAUCCAUCACGACUCUUUUGAACAUUAAGACGAAGUUUUUAAAUAUCUUCAAGAGUUGA